AAAAAACCCUGUUGAUUUGCCAUUUUCUGUUGUUCAAUCUGGAUAGAGUGAUGAUAAACCUGUCUCUUUCUUAGGGUUUUAGAACAUUUCUCAGAGUUUUCUUUCUGGGUUUGGCACAGUGAAGCCAUCAAAAGAAUCCAAGCAAGAAACACCAGGGACGCACUUCUUACUCACUGUUCGAGUAUUCUUGUGCUGUAUUUGUAGCCAACCAUCGAGAGGUAUGAACUAUGGUUGGAGAGGAGACUACCGUGGUCUUUUACCACUAGACCAACCGUCGGUUGGGGUAACUGUGACAAGUUUUUAAGGAAAAGUUCUUGCUUUUAGUCCAUCAUGGAAUGAGGGUCCAUUGCUAGGCAAGCUAUUAAUAUCUGCUCUUGAGAUGGCUGCUGCAUGGACCCUGAAGAAUGAAUUCGGCUGAAGCUUGUGUGCUGUCUGUCUGCAUAAAAGUUAACCUUGCAGAAAAAUGACUUGCAAGAGCUAGCAGUUAGCAACAGACCAGUCAUGGCAAGUCUAAUAAUGGCUCCAACGUUUAGUUCUUUUGCAACCAAAAAUAGAAGCAAAGAUUGUAAAAAGUCAUAUAGAAGAGGUGGAAUGUGCCAUGGUAUAAAGGCAAUGAAGAUGGAGAAACCCUUGGAGGAACUGUACAGUGUGAGGGUGGAGAGGAGAGUAUCACCGGAGCGACUAGCCGAGCUGGGGGUUGCACGAUGGUCGAUAUGGAAAACCGGCAAGUGCAAGUUGCCGUGGGAUUGGCAUGUGGACCAGUUAGUUUACAUCGAAGAAGGGGAGGUGAGGGUUGUGCCCGAAGGGAGUGAGCGCUUCAUGCGGUUUGUUGCGGGCGACCUUGUUCGGUACCCCAAAUGGUUCGAGGCUGACCUCUUCUUCAAUGGCUUCUAUCAGGAACGUUACAGUUUCCGCGCAUAUAGCGAUGAUGACUAGCGAAUGCUUUAUGUUGAUGUUGUUGAUGCGUUAUAUUCUUCUUGCCACUUUGAUCCUAAAAUGCUUGUGCUUUAAGCUUGUGGCUUGAGAUUCUUAUAGAAAUGGUAUGGCGCGUCAAUGGACGAUUUAUACUCUCCUCUGUCAUACUGUCAAUCCCAUGUGCUCGUUUCCCCCUUCUUUUUUUUCAUUCGUUUUGUAGUAACAUGAAAACUUUCCCAAACAAGAAUGGGGUAGGUGAUGUGAUGAUAUUACCUCAGAAAAUGUUCAAUUUAACGAAGAUUUUACUUCAUACGUU